CUGACCAUUCGUUGGCUACUAAGGUACCCAGGUACCUAAGAGCUUGCAUAAAGCUUGACAUGCAAUGCAGGGCCCCGGGAGUUCAAAGGCACCCCCACCCAGUCCCUGCCCGUGUGCUGUUAGUAUGCCACUGGUUCGAUCGUGAGGUGAUGAGUUCACAACCGGCAACGGCAAAUGCCAUCUCAGCCCCUCCCCUUCCCCGCUCCAACAGUCGACCCAUCACCUGCGGUUGAUAUGUCCCCCAUUGCAGAAUUUAUCCACUUACUCCCAUCAAAUGACUGGAUCUCGACAAUUCAUCCAGACAUUAAUCCCACAAAUGGCCCUCGUGUCGGAGAUGUCGUGGCCCCCCACUUGGGCAGCUCAUGCAGUACACAUUCGAAUAUAAAUAUUCUGGGUUCCUCAAGGCAAAUCUGAGAAAUGGUUCACACCUGGUUGGAGUCCUUCUGGCCUCCUGUUAUCCUAGCUGCUGCACCGUGCCUGCGUUCCCGUGCUUGACGUUGACUAUUUACAUUUCAUUCUUCACGAUCUCAGCAGCGUACAUCGACUGCCUCUUGAAACAUGACGGUCUCUCCGGAAGUCGCGGAGGUCAUCCGUACUAAGAAGACGCAGUACUGCCGCUUCGCUGAUACAAACCAAUUCCAUCUGUUUGAGAAGAUCGCACUCCCCAACGCAACCUUCAAGUUUGCCGGCCCGGACGGCGAGGUGCUCAACGAGAACGGCAUCGUUUAUUCCUGGGAGGAUCUGGAGACCUUCUGCACCUCAUUCACCAAGGCACUCGAGACACAGCAGGUUAUCCAUUCAGUUGGACCAGGUGAGAUUGAACAAACCGGCCCUAACGAGGUCAAGGCGAUUUUUACUGUCAUCUACCACGUCGGCCCAAAGGGAUCAACGGAUCCUAAGGGCCACGGGACAGGUGGAGGCCAUUACCAUGAGACCUGGAAGCGCCAUGGCGACGACUGGUUUCUUGCAGAUUUAUGGUUCAGGAGGAUAUAUUGGGUCGUUCGCGACUGAGCUUGCAGCAGGAGCAAGGAGCAACACAACCGAAUCCCGGACUUUUCCCAGGUGUCGAUCAACUGCUGCGCAGAUGGACAAUAACGACGUGAGAGGCGGCACGUCGUCCUUGCAACACUGGGAUAUAUCAUUCACAAGCACAUAAUGCAAACUCUCUAACUGUAUUACCAGGACUUCAUCUUUUUUUAUUGUCCUUUAUUCAUCUUUUCUGGGCAUCGCUAGUGACACUAGCGAUGUGUAAUUAAGUACAAUUAUACCACGACCGGGUCGCACUUGACCUGAUCGGCGGCCGAAGCGUCCUCAGCAUCAACGCCGCGGUACUCAAAGUACUUGUUCCACUCCGGGUCAUCGAUGAGGUCUUGGGCCAACCUUUUCUCGUAGAAGAUGGCGAACUCGGGUCCCUCGUCGGACUCGGCCGAAGGGUCGCGGGGCGGAUAGAUGACGAUGACGCCGACGCCGACGUUGUCGAUGACAUGGCGGUAGGUGGUGGGCCGGGCGAAGCCCCAGUUUGUCUCUGUGAUCCUUGCGUCGCGGUGGUCCGUUUGGAGGAUGGAGAGCGGGGGUUUCGCGUCGAUCUGGGUGUUGAGGGUUGUCUUGUCGCGCACGGUGGCCACCACGUCGAGGGUCUGCGAGAGGCUGUCAGCGGUCACGCUGUCGGUCAGCUGCCGCACGUACCGCGCCACCUUCCACAGCGGCCACUCCGAGAUGACCUCGCCGGCGGUGGGCUGCUCGACCGGCGCGGUGGAGGACAGGGCGGCGAACAUGACAUUGUGCUGGAUGCGGAAGGGCACCUCCAUGCGCCGCCGCAUAUCGAUGGCCUCGGCCCAGAACAGCUUUGAGGAGAGGUCGGUGUUGAAGACCGGGGCGCGGACGCGGCUCAGGGUGCGCCAGAUGAAUGCGGAGAAGGCAUCGUAGGUCGAGAUCCAGGUGCCGUCCUCGGGGGUGGCUAGCUUCUUCAGCUCGGCGCCCUUGCUCUUGGGCAGGUGGAAGAGGAGAGACUGGCCGGUGGUGUGGGCUGGGUGUCGGCUCUGCAAAGGAGGACCGUCCACCUUGGACGCCUCUGGCGGGUCCGGCCUGCAGAACCAGGAGAGGUCCAGGUUCUUGUGGUCCCAUGGCGGGAAGGAGGUCUUGUUCGCGACGGCAUAGCAGUUCUCGGCAAGCUGGUGAACAAAACCCGCC